UUUAUUUUCAAUAUUUUCGUCACCACCCAAAAAUCAAUUACACCAACCAAAAAAAAAAUUGCGUUUAAAAAGUUCAAACAAUAAAGAUAACUCGUGUUUUUGAUAGAGCCACUAAAGGAGGGGAAUUUUGGUUUAUAAAACCAAAAUUCUCUCUCAACAAAAAAAAAAAAAAAACGAUGAUGAGUCAGAAACUUUGUGUAAUGGCUUCUCAUGGAUUCCCAUCUCAAGAAUAUGCCAUGAAGGGUUGUCAACAAUUGGUGCCUUGUUACGCACCAAAACCAGAUAUUGUUAGAUAUCAGAGUCCUAAUCUGAGGUUAAAUUCAUUUGAGGAAUCAAGAAUGACGACAUCGAAAGAGUGGUUCAAUUCAAAUCAGUUUGUUGAUUUUGAUUUGUCAGCUUUAAAGCCAAUGGUUAUUGAUGUACAAGCAACUUGUCCAAGCACUGUACUUUUCAGCUUUGGCGUUGUUGGUCAAUGCACCGAGCAUGAUAAAACUUCGCUGUGUAUCACAUCCGAGACUGCUGAAGCAGUUGUAGAUGGUGUUCGUAAAGCUUUGUUGUCUGACUUGAUGGGUUUGCAACUUUCAGGGAUUAAUAUACCUCAAAUGUCAUUGCAUCCUCUCAUCUACCCAAAUAGGACUUUCUACAUCUCGAAGCCUUUGCUUGAUAUUUUUCAAGAUUCAGCCCUUAGUUCAAAAUUUACUGUUCAUCUAAAUGGUCAAGUUACGUUUAUGGGUACAGAAAUUGAGAUGAAAGAUUUUCUUGCUAUAGUUGCCGAGUCAUACGUAUCAAAACGUACACAUAAUGGUGAAAAACAGUCUAUGCUUGUUCCACACUUCAGUAGGCUGAAUAUAAAUGAAGUGGAGGCCAGAAGUAUUUCCCCCACAUUGGAUAUUCACUCUACACUGACCGUUCCUUUAAAAAGUCCGGAGAAAGUCAAAGCCAAGCCAUCACGAAAAAAGAAAAAGAAAGUAGCCAGGGAGAGGGAUCUGUUCAAGAAGAACUACAUUCAUGCAUGUGAGAGCCUUCUGUUCUUGAUGGCUGAUAAGAGGCAUCAUCGGGAAACAGCAAUUCUUUCACUGAAGAAAUCAGGUCCGGAGCUUCCCGAGCUCCUUACACAAUUCUCUGCUGGCAUUGCUGGUACUGGCCUUGCUGUUGUGCUAUCUGUGAUCUGCAAACUAGCUUGCGGAAGGGUCCCCUUUUGUGCGUCUAAGGUCUUCAACACAGGGUUGGGUUUUGGGCUUGUUUGGCUUUCUUGGGGAGUAAAUAAGCUGAGGGAUACAAUUGUUAACAUAAGCAAGAAUACUGGAAAGAUGGGAUUGAAAGAUGAGGAAAUGAUUCAAAAGGUGGAUAAGAGUCUAAAAGAAGUUUACUUUAGAGCUGCAGCGUUGCUAGUAGUGGCAGUGCUAAGGCUUGCUUGAGUAUUAUCUCUGAAGAGACGAUUACAUUCAGUUUGUAUAUUCAUGCGAUAACCGUCGUAUCUGAUUUGUUGGAUGUUCAGCCUGAUGUCUGCUGAAGUGAUAGCGAGGUUUCAAAAUAACUGUACCUUCACUUAAGCUUUGACGUUUGGCUUGAUCAUCACUAUGGUAUGAUUAUUACUUCUUAGGUAGUUUUAAUUGUCCAAGCAAGUAACGUAAGCAUUUGCUUGGCUUUAGUGGUAAGAUAAAUUGUAAAGUCUAAGGUAGAGUGUUGCAAUGAAUGAACCGACUGGGUUAGUGAAAAUGUUACCAGGUUUUCCUUUUCUUCGUAAAUAAAGGUUACAUAUCUUAGCAUAGAUUAUCACUGCAACA